AUGCAAUUUACUCAAGUAAUAGCACCAACGGCUCCAACAAUUAACAGAACUUCAAUUAACAGAGAUUCAAUAAGAAAUGACAUCUUCGAGAUAAUCUCAAAUGAUCAAGAUGUGAAAGAGCAAAUUCAGUCUUUACGAGAGAAUUCUAAACCAGAAGAUAUUGUGAAUAUAUUGCAAGAUGUUGUUAUGAAACGAAUUGAACAACGUUUAAUUGCUUUAGAACAAAAAACUAAUUCAAUUGAACAACAGCUUGAAAACAUUCAGUUUAAUGCAAAUUCACGUGAAAGAAUUUCAAGACAAAAGAAUCUCCGUUUCAUUGGAAUGAAAGAACAAGCUGAUAUUGUAAAAUCAAUCACUGAAGGAGCUGCUAAGAUUGGCAUUCAAUUGAAAAAUGAAGAUAUAGAAUAUUGCCAUCCUCUAGGACAGAAAAAAAAAGAACAACAAUCUCCACAACCAGUUAUAGCUGCAUUUCUUUCUCGAUUUAAACUAAAAUCCUUACUAUCAAAACGAAAAGAAUUCAGACAAGCUACUGGUAUUUCGAUCUUUGAAGAUGUAACAAGGUAUGAUAAAUGGUUAUUAGACCAAAUGCGUGAUAGUCUAGAAGAUGAAGAUCGAAAAUAUGUAUUUACUAGAGGAGGAAGAGUUUGUUAUAAAACAGAAGAUCAAGGCAUCGUAUUUAUUAAUUCAUAUGAUGAUAUUCAAAGAUAUCUAUAUGGAUAA